GCCCGCCCUCCCCCUUCCCUCCCCCCCGGCUUCUGGGUCGCUUGUCAUCCUCGUGGGGCGCUGGGGGGGCUGCAGCGGGCCCCCCGGGCCCGGGCGGCACUUCCGCAAACGUAACUGCGGCAGGAAAACAAAGGCGCUGCCGGAGGGGCCCCGCCCGGCGCCGGCAGCUGCGGGGGUGCGGGUGCGGGGACAGGGCCGGGCCCCCAGUGCAGGCCCUUCUCCUCCGCGCUCGCCUGGCUCCCUCGCGGUCAACACUCUCAGGGAAGGGGGAGCGAGAGUCUCCGGACAGAUCCAGUGACAGGCCGGGGACCGCCUCUGCGCCGGUAGGACUGACGGCGCCGGAUCCCGCAGAUCAACAGUCGAGAUUCUGAAGGUCAUAAACUUUCUGAUGGUGGUGGUAAGCCAUGGCGUCAGAUGAUAAAGUUGCCAUCUUAACUGACGAUGAAGAGGAACAGAAGAGAAAGUACGUGCUCGCUGACCCCUUUAAUGGUAUUUCCAGGGAACCAGAACCACCUUCCAAUGAAACGCCCACCUCCACAGAAACCGCUGCUCUUCCUGAGGAGGAAAUAGACUGGAUAGAGAAACAUUGUGUCAAAAUAAACAAUGAUCUUCUGAUAUCCAAGGUCUUCUAUUUUUUCUUCUACUCUGCGUACGGCUCUCUCUAUCCGCUCCUGCCGGUGUACUACAAGCAGCUGGGGAUGUCGCCCAGCCAGAGCGGACUGCUGGUGGGCAUCCGGUACUUCAUCGAGUUCUGCAGCGCCCCCUUCUGGGGUGUAGUUGCAGAUCGCUUUAAAAAAGGCAAAAUCGUCCUCCUCUUCUCUCUUUUGUGUUGGGUGUUAUUCAACCUGGGCAUCGGAUUUGUCAAGCCUGCUACCUUGAGAUGUGUACCAAAGAUCCCCCCAACAUCUCAUCCCACUAACUCCAGUCACCUGCUGACCAUCCCGCCAACCAACUCUUCCCUUGCGGCGUCCCCACGAAUUCGGGAGAAGAGGGCCCUGCUCCCUUCCACCUGGCCAGUGAUGCGGGAAACGGAGCCCAAUGUCACAGAAACGGUCAUCUUUUCGACAGCUCUGAACAAGACCAGUGGGCCCACUCUGCAACCUCAGACAGAUGAAAUUACGGACCAUAUUACAGACUUGACCUUGAGUCCAAGCACAAUAACGCCUGGCUUCCUGGGAAACACAACCAGAGAGACAACCACCGCUGUUGUCACCACCACCAAAUCUUUACCGUCCAGUCAAGUCACUCUUGUUUACGAUCAGCAGGAAGUGGAGGCUAUAUUCCUGGUGAUCCUGGUCGUUGUCAUAAUCGGAGAAUUUUUCAGCGCCUCUUCGGUCACCAUCGUGGACACGGUAACGCUCCAGUACCUGGGCAAGCACAGAGACCGCUACGGGCUGCAGCGCAUGUGGGGCUCGCUGGGCUGGGGGCUGGCCAUGCUGUCUGUGGGCAUCGGGAUCGACUACACGCACACGGAGGUGCUCGUCGACGGGAAGGGGUGUAGACCCCCCGAGUCCCGGAACUACCAGGUCGUCUUCAUCGUCUUUGGGGUUCUCAUGACCGUGGCUUUGGUCGUCGCCACUCAGUUCCGGUUCCGCUACAACCACUUCAAGCCUGACGAGAGCCAAGGGAAAGCGGAGGAGAUCCCUGCGGCGGACAGGAGCAGCUCCACCGAGUCCUCCGAGGGGACGCCCGCCGGCCCAGGCCGCUCGCCGGCCUUCAGCUUCUGGGCCCUGGUGCGGCUGCUGUGCGGCGUGCGCUACGGCUCUGUGCUCUUUGUCGCCUGGUUCAUGGGCUUCGGCUACGGCUUCGUGUUCACCUUCCUCUACUGGCACCUGGAGGACCUGAACGGGACCACCACCCUCUUCGGGGUCUGCUCCGUCCUGAGCCACGUGUCUGAGCUGACGGCCUAUUUCUUCAGCCACAAGCUCAUCGAGCUCAUCGGCCACAUCAGGGUUCUUUACAUUGGCCUGGCCUGCAACACGGCGCGCUAUAUUUACAUUUCCUAUCUGGAGAAUGCCUGGACUGUUCUCCCCAUGGAAGUUCUUCAAGGAGUGACACACGCGGCCAUCUGGGCAGCCUGCAUCUCUUACCUCAGCGCAGCUGUCCCCCCCGAGCUGAGGACCUCUGCUCAGGGCAUCCUGCAGGGCCUCCACCUGGGCUUGGGGAGAGGCUGUGGUGCUAUGAUCGGAGGCGUAUUAGUCAAUUACUUUGGGGCUGCCGCGACAUUUCGAGGAAUCGGCAUGGCCUGCCUGGUGAUCCUCCUACUUUUUGCCCUGAUCCAGUGGCUGGCAGUGCCGGAUGAGGAAGAAGACAAGACAAUGCUGGCAGAAAGGAUUCCCGUUCCCUCUAGUCCUGUUCCCAUAGCAACCAUCGACUUGGUACAGCAGCAGGUGGAGGACGUCCUGCCGCGCGUGGAGUCCAGACUUCCGCCCAAGAAGACCAAACACCAGGAAGAACAGGAGGAUGUGAACAAGCCGGCCUGGGGGGUCAGCUCCUCUCCCUGGGUGACCUUCGUCUACGCGCUCUACCAAAUUAAAGAGAUGGUGCAGCUGAUGAGAGACAGCCGCGCCCCCGAGAUACAGCCUCUGCAGGGGACCAGUGAGAAUCGGGAAAAUUCUCUAGCUGGUGGAGUCCGGCCUGUCCCACGUGAGACUCACUCUGACCCAUCUAGAAACCAGCCAUCCCCUCAAGCAGCAGCAUCUCAGACGCGGAGCGGCUCCACUCAUCUCACACCCUGCAUGGAACCGGGCUCCUCUGCCGGGACAGAGGGAGAGGCUCCCCGAACCUAAGACAUGCCUCAUCCUGAGAAGCAUAGCACUGUAUACGCUUCUAAAUACCUAAACUCAUCAACAUGGAAACACACACACACACACAGGCGCUACAGUACAUACUGGCAGGAACAGGUAAACUCCCAUAAUCCCGUGGGACUCGCAGAAGGGGAAUGGGAGUUCGGUGAAGACGUCCAGCUCCCCGGCUGUUCAGGUUCAGGACUAUAGGACUUCCUCGCCAGUGCAGUAAGGGUUGAAAGCAGCAGUUACACUAAGUGGAGGGAAAGGAAGUGUUUCAAGGUGAAUGCUGAUACAGUUUCCCUCUUCUGAUUAUUUAUUCUAAUUAUUUGGUUCUUAAUGCAAACUGGGAAGAAAUAAAAUAUGAUUUUGAAUCUCUUAAAGAGAACUGUUUCAAAAAUGACAUGACAUAUUUAAAAAAGUAGCCAGAUAAAAGUUACUAGCUUAUAUGCUUUUGUUUAAAAAAAAAAAAAAGGAAAAAGUUUCAUUAGAAACUUGGCAUAUCUCUAGCAAAUAUAUUUUUAUAUGUAUAUGGUAUAUAAUGAAAACAGUCAAUUCUUUGAGCAGCAAAAGCCGCAUUGACUACUGCAAACUAAGCUGAGCUUUAACAUGCCUUUUGUUUUAAAUGGGCUUUAAGACCAGAGGAGGAAAUACUUCAAAUCAACCAACCAAUUCAGUAUCCCGUGGCUUGACAGACAAGGGUUUACUAAUAUUAUUGAUACUGUAAAUAGCCUCUAUCACUAUCCAAUAAUUUUAUAGUGAUUUGGGCUCUAAGUAGCUGAUGGAAUUAAAAAAAAAAUCACUGAAUUCCUAAGGGUUUCUUUAAUUAAACAGUACUAUUUACAAAUAACAGUAUAAGAUUUAAGUGCCUGGGAGAGGGAUACAAUUUUUAAAAAUUACACAAUGGGUAAGUUUUUGUUUUGUUUUUGGUGAGGGGGAAAAGGUGGUGAAUAGGAAGCCGGGAAUGGGAAGGAUGAGAAUCAGUAACUGUACUAUCCGAUCACUGACAGAACAGAUCUCAGUAUGUUCUUUUCCAUGAAGACUCUGGCAGACCCUGGACAGAUCAGGGAGAGGGGUGCGGCUGUGAACAUCACAGCUACGUCAGAACAGGGCAGGGUGGCUCAUGGGAAAAGCUGCGGAUGGGAGGAAGCCUCGGGGGAGGGCUGCUGCUUUAGCUGAAUGAAGGUCAGCAAUGGUAUGUGUGAUAACUGAGUGAGCAGAGGAGGAAAGGACAGAACAGAGUUAAAAAUGAGCAACUCACCUCACCUCUUGACCCUGAUUAGACAGGAUGAGUUGCGAACUGAGGGCUUCUCCGUGACACCAUACUUCUGCCCAAUACUGCAACUGGGAGAAGAAAUUCUAUACUUGGGUGUCUAGCUUUGCCACAAAACACAGCUUAAAAAUAAAAUAACAGAAAGAAAUAGAAUUAAGCAAAUAGUUAUUUUUGCACUUGAACUGAAACGUACUGUACUGUAAAUUACCAUGACUCAUUUUAAGUGACCUUUAAAAUCAGAUGUAUUUAUUAUGCUUAUGUAAUUAUAGAAAUAAAGAAAUGGAUGACGGGCUGAACCUCACCUAUGAAUGUACAGUAUGUGGAUUUGUGAAACUGACUUUAGGAAGUCAAAAACUUAUACUGUGUCUUGUGUUUACAGUUCUGAUUUAUUCCUUUGAAAAGCCUGCUGUUUUGGAUAUGCACAGUUGACAUGUUGAAAUAAAAAUAUCAUUUUUAAAAAUUU